CCGCUUCUGACGUCAUGACGUCCUGAUGUUUUAUAGAGGGGUGGCUGAUGGCGCUGAGGCAGACGGUGAAGGAGGGUGGGGGGGUUUACCACAGCAGCAGGAGCAGGGAAGGAAGGAAGCGAGCGGAGGAUGCUUAUCUUCAAGCAUGUGAUGACUGAAGCCUGAAGGUUGAGAGGCUGCGGCAGCAGGACCUGCUAGCAUCCAGCUUCAAUGAAGGAUGAAGAGCCCGGUGCACAGAUGCAGGGACGUGGAGCACGGACGCGGGCAGGCCGGGUCUGGGGCCGGGUCUGGGGGUGGAGGAGGGUCCAACUGCCUACAACCUGAACAGCGCAUCCCUGUCUCCAAAGACGUCAUCACUUCCUCUUCUUCCUCAGCCUUGUGGUUCAUCAGGGACACCUGCGGCAUCGUGUGCGCCAUCAUAACGUGGCUGCUGGUGUUUUACGCUGAGUUUGUGGUGCUGUUUGUCAUGCUGGUGCCCUCCAAGAAUCUCACUUACAGUAUUGUGAACGGGACCUUGUUCAAUACUUUGGCCUUUCUAGCCCUCGCCUCACACCUCAGGGCCAUGUGCACUGACCCUGGGGCCGUGCCAAAAGGGAACGCCACUAAGGAAUACAUAGAAAGCCUUCAGCUGAAACCAGGGCAGGUGGUCUACAAAUGUCCAAAGUGCUGCAGCAUCAAGCCUGACCGAGCGCACCACUGCAGUGUAUGCAAACGAUGCAUACGGAAGAUGGACCACCACUGUCCCUGGGUCAACAACUGUGUUGGGGAAAACAACCAAAAGUACUUUGUUCUUUUCACAAUGUACAUUGCACUCAUCUCUCUGCACUCUCUGGCCAUGGUGGUCUUCCAUUUCCUCUACUGCUUUGAAGAUGAUUGGACAAAGUGCAGCUCCUUCUCUCCUCCAGCAACAGUCAUCCUCCUCAUCCUCCUGUGCUUUGAGGGCCUUCUCUUCCUCAUCUUCACCUCUGUGAUGUUUGGCACCCAGGUCCACUCCAUCUGUACCGAUGAGACAGGCAUAGAGCAGUUGAAAAAGGAAGAGCGAAGAUGGGCUAAAAAAACUAAGUGGAUGAACAUGAGGGCGGUUUUUGGACACCAUUUCUCUUUAUUGUGGUUAAGCCCCUUCUCCACCCCUGACCACGGCAAGGCUGAAACCUACCAGUAUGUGGUGUGAGGGAGCUCAGGACAGGGAAUGAGAAGGCCUGGAAAAGCUAGCCUGUUUGCUCCCACUCAGCCUGACUUACAGUGUACGUCCCACACAAGCCAUGGACAGCUUGUCAUGUGCUCUUUGUGCUGCCAACUAAGUGAGCAAUGUCUAAUUUAUUUAUUUUUUUGUUUUGUUUGCCUUUACAAGUCGAGUUGCAGAGAAAAAGAAACACUGUCUGUCUUUUUGUGAACACUGUGAUAAAUCAGUUUUUUUUCUGGUCUUUUCUCUUAUCAGAAGCUGUCUGUUCUUGCUUGGUGCAUAAUCUUCUUGCGUUUUGUUCAAGGAUACGUUCAGCCAAAUUACAAAAGAAAAGGAUAAAAUGGAAAAUGACAUCACUUCAGCCUGCAGGUAUAUGGCUGUUCUUGUAGGUUAGGUGACUAAAACGGUGAAAAAUCAAAAUGAAAUCAAAUGAUUAGGUUAUGAGAGUAGCCAGAAGAGUUUAUCCUGCAGGUUUUUAUCAGGGACAUGUGAAGGAAUGCACCAACCUCAUCUGCUGAAAAAUAUGUUUAGCCACUGGUUCAGUCCAGAUACACCUACUGAGAUAUAUCCAGUAUACAUGAUGCCUUUCGAAAGAUUUCAUGCCCCUUGAUUUCCUCCCAUUUUGCAGUGAACAUUGAACAAUGUGCAAAACUGUAAGAAACACAUCCCAAAAGACUUGCAGCUGGAACUGCAGUUAAAAGUGGUUCUACAACGUUUUGGGUCAUGUGAGUUGAAUAAAUCAUUUUCUGCACCACUACAGACAAGAGAUGCAGCGAUAAAUCGGUGCUGAUUUCCUUCAUGUUGGGUGAUGAAUGAUCGAAGGUCUGAAAAUCAGCCGCUGUCCUGUUUUGUGCAGCAGGUCACCUCUGCACAUGAGUGAUUAACAAUAGUCACCUCACUUUUGCCAGCUUGGUUUGUUGUCCCACCUGAUAGUCCGCUAGGGUCAGUUUGACUGGGGACCAAAACUGCAACAUUUGUUAUUUUCAGCUGAAGCAGUUUUCUCUCACACUACAGUGUGUCAAAUGAACCAAACCCUUUGAAAGACAUGUUCCCCUCCUUGCCUGUAGAGGCGCUGUCCCAAGAACCACUGAGGGAAAUGACAUAAAAACCGCUGAAGAUAUUGAGAGGAGCUUCUUUCUUCAUAAAGCCAAAAUCAGAUUUUAGUUGUUGUAGGAUUUUUCUUUUGGCGUUGAUAAAAGACCAAGCCAUUCAGAUUCAGAUUUAUUCCUAUCCCCAGUGGGCAAUUGAUGAGCCAUUACUCCAACUAGCAUUAGACUCACUCCUCUAUUUUGGUUGUAUUUACCCAGAAUUCUCUGCGUUAUAGUCCGCUUUCUGCUUUUGAAGCGGGCUUGGUGUUCACAUAUGCAUUGAGCCGCAUCAGUUCACUUCAGCUCAACAACUCCAGGUUUGUAGGCAGACCAGAGUUUGUUUUUUAUAGUUUGCAUCCAUUUUUCUGAUUGGUCAUUCACACCUCUCCAAACGAACCAGACCCUCUAAACAGACAAACUGAGAUUAAUGAGGACUGAACAGGGCUGAUAUGAAUCCAUACUUAACAAUUUUUGUCACUAUAUUUAUGGUAUAUCUAUAUAUUUUUGGACUUUCUAGACCAAAAAAUUUGUAUUGGUCAAAAUCUGAAUCGACAGGUUAGACUUUUAAAUGAUUUGUGAUCUGUCAGAAAACUACAGUCGGUGCACUCCUACUAUCCUAGUAUGCACUAUUUUGUGCCAGUCUCUCUCCUACAAUCCUAUAUAAAUACAUUGUGACUUAACUGUGAUGAAAGGUGAACAAGUUCAAGAUGUAAGGCACUUUAAGGAUUUAUCUCUAGGUAUACAAGCUGCUGCACAGCCUCUAAUCAUCUAAAAUCAUUUUUUUCUGCUACACUCCCGCAAUGAGCUAAAAUGGGAAAUUAGUGGUAAAUAUAUUCUGUAAUUUAGCUGAACGAUCUUUUUUAUUUUUUUCUUUGGACUGGCAAAAUUCCUUUUUCUUAUUGAAGUGAUUCCUUUGUGAAACCAGAUCCAUGAGCUUUUAAUUGCCGCCAAAAGCUGCACAUCAGCAGCUCCUUUAUUGCUGUUUCCAAUUGGGUUAAACUAUUUUAUUUAUUCGUUUUUUUUUAUAUUAUUUUGUAUGAAGGGCAGAUUCUAAGAAUCAGAGAAAUGAAAACUGUUUAGUUCUCCCUGUACCGUACUAUCCUGACCUUUCCUUCUCUGAUCAGCCUCCAUCUUGGCCGCUUUGCUUCGCUUUGCCUUCAGCCUCUUCACAAAGUCCUCAGGUGUCUCUGCGUCACAACGUUUGUUGUUUUUUUUUUUUUGUAUUUUGGAAGUGCAACAAAUGGUGGAAACAUACUGAAGCUAAGUUCAGUGCUGAGGCAUCAGACUUUCAAAAAAAGCCAAUAAAUUAUGACAACUGUUAAAAAUGAAACCCAGUGGGAGAAAGAUUCGGAUGUUGCCACUUGUUGCAGCUCAAUGCUAAAGCUUUUGUCCAGGAGUGUCUGUGGCAGACCUGAAGGGAACUUCCUGUUCGGACACUCUGCCAAUAAUAAUCAGAUGUAUUAUUUAUGUUUUUAUGCCGCCUUUUUUUUCUACUAUUUAUGGUUUGAAUUGGAGGUAGGCGAUAGACUUAAAAUCUUAUCACAAUAUUUUGUGGUGCUAUUGUGAUAACGAUACAAGUGCUAAACUAUUAUUACUUUGCAUGACAGCAGUCACAGCCCCACUAACACAAGUACUGCUUUAGAAAAAGGCCUGUUCAUGACGGCAGUUUCUUAAAGGAAUGUUACAGUCUAUCAGCAGACUGUAACAUUGUAACUGCGUUUGACCAUAUUUUAAUAUUUAUCGAUGGUCUCAUGGAACAUACAGUGGAAAAAUGGUAACACUUUUUCUUUCUUUUUUUAGUUUUCAAGAGUAAUUAUUGUAACUGUUACCAUAAAUCAAAAUUCUUAAAAGAAAAGUUUCUCAAAAUAUAAAAGAUGUGAUAAAUGCCCUAACUUAAGCUCUUUGAAUUUUAUAAAUUGUGAUACAAACUCAAGUGCAUACUCAAUGUCGUACGGUUCUAAAAUAUUUCAAAGGUACUGCUGUAAACAUUUAUUUUCUCAUGUUGUGAAACAGGCAUGGGCCGGUCUGGUUCCUGUAGUUUAAAGUCUUUGUAAUGAGACGGAGGAGAACGUGCUGCAGUGCUGGAAUAUGGCCGUAUGUGUGAGUUACUGUGUGUUUCAACGAACUGAAGAACUCCUACUGCACCACAGCUGGCUGAAAUAAUGUAAUGUAAUCCUCUAAUGGAAUUACGUUUCCAUUAGAGGAUAUGGAAACAUGAUCAGUGGAUGCCUUUCCAUCCGUUACUAAAACAGGAGGUGAAAUCUGAACUUGAAAAGUUGACUUCUGAAAAUUCUAUUUGCUCCUCUCAU